UAACCAAUUUAGCAGUAGGAGACAUUUUAGUUAGCGAGAAGUGAGAAAGGAGCCGAAGCAAAUCGUGAGAGAAAAAGAAAAUGGGGAGAUCAUCAUCAACCAAGGACGCUCAAGCCCUUUUCCAUUCUCUUCGCUCUGCUUACGCCGCCACUCCGGUCAAUCUCAAGAUCAUUGAUCUAUAUGUGGGUUUCGCGGUCUUCACAGCUCUGAUUCAGGUAGUGUACAUGGCUAUUGUAGGAUCAUUUCCUUUCAACUCAUUUCUUUCUGGAGUGCUUUCUUGUGUUGGGACAGCAGUCCUUGCUGUUUGUCUUCGUAUUCAAGUGAACAAAGAAAACAAGGAAUUCAAGGAUCUGCCACCUGAGCGGGCUUUUGCGGAUUUUGUUCUUUGCAACUUGGUGCUCCAUUUAGUGAUCAUGAAUUUCCUUGGAUAAAAUCGUGCCUCCAGGUUUGCUGGACUGCAGUUUUCUCAGUUUCUGGCAAUGAUUCUGGAUAUAGCAUGAAACUAAGUUCUUUGGUCGUUAUUAUGAGCCUAUGCAUACAGCAUAUGUAAUGCGGAACUGUAGUUGAUACUUUAUGUUUGUCUUUGUCUUAAGGGUUUUGAAAUUACUUGGAGGGAAACAGAAGACAUUGGAGUGUCAAUUUGCUUGUUCUGAUUACUUUAUGUGUUUAUUCUUUGCACAAGGCAUUUUAGAUUU